UUUUUAUUGUCUGCAUUAGCUAAACUGAGGCUUAUUGUCACAUCAGAGCUUUAUUUUCUAAAUAAAGUGGUUUAUUUUAAACCACUUUAUUCCUAAUUUGAGAUAAAAUUCUAUAGCCUAUUAAUAAAUUGCACUUUUAAAAUUAUUUUAUUUACAAGUGUCAUGUUGAUUUUCAUUUGUCAUGCACGUUAGCCUAGAAACACUUCUGAUCAUGAAAUCGAAACAGACUCACAAUUUUAUGACAGCACUUUUAUUUAUUCAGAUACAGAAGUAACAUUUCUGUAUUUUAUUUUACCUUUCUUUUUGUCAGCGUUGAAAACUCCAAUAGUCUUCCUUAAUUUGACAGGAACCCUGCUUAUUUUUGUCGAGCUGCAGAGAUUUUCCUCAUCCUUGUGUGAUGCAUUUUGAACUAGCCUACAGAGAAACAGUGCUUUAACGGGAGCAACACUUCGAACGCAAAUGCUGCAGGCCAAUUCUGUCAUGUGACACCAAAUUUCUUUGCGUUAAAGCCCUUUUUCUCGACAAAACGUGUUUCCAAACCAGUUUUUUCGACAUUUGAAGUAUCGACAAUAAAGAUAAAUGGAAAAAUAUUGUGUCUAAAAAUACAAAUGGCAUUUCCAUCAGCUAUAUCGCUAAAUGUUUUGAAGCGUUAAACUUUUUUUCGCAAAAAAAUCCUUGGAUGGAAACCUGGCUACUGUAAAGUUGCUUUGACACAAUCUGCAUCAUAAAGAGCACUACAUUAAUAAAUAAAUAAAGGUGAAGACUAUAUGCAGUGUUUUAAAGUUUAACUGUUUAGGGCUGCACGAUUACAAGGCUUGAAAUUGCGACCAUUUUAGUCGCAUAUGCUCCCUAAAUUUAAUGUUUGCGACCUCAACAUAUAUUUGGGAACAUUUGUGCGAGUGCGAAUAAUUGUUGAGGUGUGACCUGUUUUCAUUUCUCUACAAAACGUUCGCUAAUUACUGCACAGUAUGUGCCUGCUGUGAGCUGAUGCAGUAACCGGACCACCGUUCUGUUACAUAACAAAUUAAACUUCAUCUUUACGUUCUUAAGUUUAAAGCAGAUUUUAGCUUGGUUAAUAUUAGCAGUCAUUCACUCCCUUUCACGGCGCUCCGUUAUCACAUGACAGGGAGCUAACUAUCGUGCAAAAUAUAAAGAGCUGAAGAGAGAUGAUGAAAAGAACACUGUUACACAGGGCUCGACAUUAACACUUGACAUUAACACUUGAGUUUUUAUAUUUAAAACAUAUGAUACAGUUAAGAAACAUUACACGACCAAGAGUAGGCCUACAGUUUUCCUGAAUAUCCUUAAUAAAACCAUCACGAUUGAAAAUGUAACACUGGUUUCAUACAAAAGUUUAAUAAACCGUAAAAAGCAGUUAAAAUUAAAUCACUCACAUUUUAGACGCAAAAUGGUUCCAAACAAAGAUCACAGCAGAACCAUUGCGCAUUUCAUGACAACACAUUUGUGUUUUCUUUCAUUACUGAAUGAUUCAGCAUUUUGAACCAAUCGGUUGAGUCAAAUUCAAUGACCCAUUCAUCAACAACUGCCUCAUUCUUGAAUGAAUCAUCCGUUUGAAUGAAUGACUCAAUGACUCACUCCUAAAGACGGUCACCUGCCGCCACCUACUGGCGGUUUAGUUUCAUGUUUAAAAGUAUCAGUCUUUCCAACAUUUCUUAUUUGUAUAUUCAAAAAAAAUUAAAACAAUCUCAUAACAUUAUUUAAUUCCAUUGUAAUUUUUCAGUGUAAAUGAUUUAAUUUGACUGGUAACAGCUCUAUAGUGUCUUAUGAUUCUAAUUAAAAUUACUGAUCAAAUUUAAGAAUUUAAAAUGAAAAAUGAAGCAUACAUUUAAUAAGAUUAGAGGGAAAAGCCCUAUAUAAAGGUAAAAAAAUAAAGUAAAUAUCACAAAUAUGCCAAUUUAAAUGUCAAAGCUGAGUGAACACUGACGAGAAUAUUACUUCAGAAUAAAUUAUUUACAACACAACUAUUUUUUCCAGACAAACAACUUUUUUUAUUCAGACAAGCGAAUGACAAGGCUUUUUAGUUGUGGUGCUCCUAAAUUUUUGCUGGUGCUCCUAACUUUUUGACACCAGUGCUACCAAGUAAAAAAGUUAAUUUUCGAGCCCUGGAUUAUGACAAAAAUCAUAAUUGUCGAUUAUUCCCUUGAAACUGUAAUUGCAAUUAUUAAUUACGAUUAUUGCUAUACAUUGGUUUAAAAAAAAAAGUAAACACAUACAUGGUAUAAUAAUAGGGCCGGAAGUGAAGUAAACUGCGUUUGUUGUUGUGACUUUUAUUUUGAUGGUGCGGUGGACUUUUAUUUUGACUGCGCUGAGAACAGCUCAGCCAGAGCCUGAGCCUGAGCACAUAGUGCUCACAUUCUCCAUCUUCAUUGGCUUAUGAUCUGUUUAAUACAUUAUUAGGUAGAAUUGUUAUACAAAAAAAAGUAGACAGUAUAUGUAAAAGUAUUAACUUUAGCCAUGUGGUUGAUGCCCAGUGUCGCUAGCUGAGAAGAAAUGCAUAAUCAUGUUUCGCUUGGAAUCAAAGUCGCGCUGGAAUUUCUCCUUAGCGUAAGGUUGAGAGGUCCAUCUAUCACUGUUUUUCCAUGUUUGUAGAGUUAGUUUGUGGAGUAGCUUUUUAAAAAUGGUGGGUGUUUUCAUUAGAGGCUGGAUCCAAGCCGAAGCUGAUGUACUCUAGUGACCUCGGGACGGUAUGACUAAUUCACACAUGCAAUCUCUCUUAUUAACCCUCUGGGGUCUAAGGAUUUUUGGGGCCCUGGAGAAGUUUUGACAUGCCCUGACAUUUGUGCUUUUUUCAGUUGUUCAUAAACAUAUUAAUGACAAAAGUGUAAUUACACUGUAUUCAGCACGAACUAGGCUACUAUAAUAUGUGAGGAACAUGUAUGUACAUGUUUGUGUUUUUGAAGGAAUAACGUUUAUGCGUUAAGUCACUGAAAUAAGGCCAAAAAAAAAAUAUUAAAUCUGUGUUCACAAGACUUCUGGGUAUUGGAGGUUGUAGACUAGAGUUUUUGCUUCAAAAUGAUGUAAAAAUUAUCCUGCCUACUCGGUCAUAUAAAACAACAAAGAGAUUUAAAUUUUCUAAGACAUUUUUUGUCAAGAAACACAGUAUGCAUGGAGGCAUGAGUUUUCAUGAAUAAUGUCGUGAUUCACACCUGAGAAGACAAAAGAUUCGCAUAAUGAGCCGCAUAAUGAGCUCUUUCAGUCAGGUAGGCUGUGAAAAAACCCUCUGUGAUCAUGCUGAUAACAGGAUUAAUGUCCACUCUUGACAAAAAAAAAAAAAACAUGAUUUUUGUGAUCGCAUGCAUGCACGUAUUAUUGCACAUGAUGUGAAGAAAAUUUUGUAUAGGCCUAUGUUAAAUUACAGUACCAGUCAAAAGAUUGGACACAUUUGUUUUAAAAGAAGUCUUAAGUCUCUACCCAAAUAAUGUUUUUCUGUUUUAAUAUACUUUAAAAUAUAAAGUAUUUCUGUGAUGCAAAGUGUCUACCUCUAUGGCAUUUCAUAUAGGCUAAAAUAUUUGUUAUAUUAUAUAGCCUAAAUGUUAAUGUGCAGUUGACAAACUAUACAUCAUUAAAAAGAUCUAAGACUCAAGCUUCACAUUUUGACUCUUAAAAUCUUAUAUUGACCGUAAUUUCUUAAUAUGCUUAAAAGCAUGCACAUUUGGAGAAAUAUUGAUGGAUUCUCAUAUGUUUGUCAAUUUUCUAUACAGAGGAGUAAUAUUUAUUCAGUAUUUAUUGAAAUAUGGUUGAUUACUGAAAAUUGAAAUAUUUAUUUAUUUAUUUAUAUCAUCACUGUGAGCGCUGGAUACUGUUUUCAAUUCAUACUUGCAGCCGGAGGGCGCUCUAUGCACCUUUAGUCCACAAAUAUCUCAGUAAAAGAAGAGGCAUAUCAUGUGACAUUCCAGGAACUAACAGAGGCUUCCAGAGAUUGCUAUAACAUGCAGAUAAACACUUUUGAAGACAAUAAAUACACGAUUGAGACAAUGUAUACAUGUAUUGCCUCAGAAUUUGCGUCUGAAUAGCGCUCGCUCCGUGGGCGUGGCCGCAUUAGCGGAUAAUGAGCUGAAUCACGGGCGUCUGACAUGUCUCUUUUCAUUCAGAUUACAUAAACAGAAUUUUUGUUUUUGAUUUGAAUUACACGAUUUAAAACCUGACAUUUCAACGUUUCUUUAGACCUAAGUUUUUUUUUUUUUUGUGAUUAGUAUUCACUAAGUUACACUUCAUUUUCUGAGAACUAUCAGAUUGGACUUAGUUCAGAGGGAGACGACAGAUCACGCAUCAUGUUAGUUUUCGUUAUUUUACAAAAAGCACAACAUUUUGUUUUUACUCUGAGUGUACACAAAUAAAAGAAGAUAUUUCACAGAUUAAAAUGGUGUAUAACUCUUAAUUGUAUGUGCAACAUUGACGGAGUAUUUUGAGUCUCUUUCAUACUGAUAAGAAAAAAGCACGGUGGUAUCGCCGGCGCGACCAGCCGACCCCUGAGUGUUAACGCAUUAAAAUAAUACUUUUAUGGCCAUGCGUGCUUCCUGACUGAGGAGAGUGGUUCCUAACCUAAGCCAUUUGUAGAAACCAAAUGGUCAAAAAGACAAUGCAACUUGAGCUGCAAGAAGAUAACGCCAGAGUCUUUUGAUCUCCUGAGACAAAGAGAUUUUGCAGGCCUUAUCAAACAUCAUUCUCCACCAUUAAUGUAAGACAAAUCAGCUCAAAUGAAAUAAUUAAUUUAUAGGGAAUUUUAAAAAGAGUCACUUAGUUUACGACCGAGCAACUGAAUCAUCGUCCAGCGUUCAUUUGCUCAGGCCAUAAUAAGCUCUUGUUGCGGAUAUGAAUAUCCAACUAUCGCAAAAGCACUAUUUAUAGCAAGGUAACAGAUCGCAGUUUAAGGCAUUAAAUUCUUAAGAACAUAACACAAGACACUUCUCUUUAAAAAUCUACAGGAGACUUUGAUUAUUCUAACACAAACUAAUAUCUAACACAAACACACACAUUCAUACAAGUUGCAGAAAGAAAGGAAAUGGGAAAGAGUUUUAAGAGAAUGAAAUGAUGAAAUCCCAAUCAAGUUUCUAGCAAAAUAUGCACUUCAUAAGACCUGAUCUGAACGAACCAUCAAUCAUUAAUUAGGGAUGUGCAACAGUGGAUUGAGUACCCGAGCACUCGACCGUGACCGUGACGAUCGAUCAUGUAAAUCGUUUUUUUUUCUUUUUUUUUUCUCCUGAUUGGUUAGCAGCACUUUGGGCAGCACUCUGACCUCUGAUUGUUUAGCUUAGUCAAGUCACCUUUAUUUAUAUAACGCUUUUUACAAUGUAGAUUGUGUCAAAGCAGCUUUACAUUGAUAACUGGUACAUUAUUUGGCUGCACAGCAGCUCUUAAAGAAUAGUGUCAAUGCAGGCAGAUCAAAGCACUGUUGAAUAUCAAAUGUCAAGUGUCCCCAACUAAGCAAGCCAGAGGCGACAGCGGCAAGGAACCCAAACUCCAUCAGGUGACAUCAGGUGGCAGACAAGUGGCAAAUUGGUGUUUAAAUGGAGAAAAAAACCUUGGGAGAAACCAGGCUUAGUCGGGGGGCCAGUUCUCCUCUGGCCAACAGUGCUUUGUUACGAUUCAGGAUGCUAUCAUAAGUCCGACAGGAUCGCAACAUUCAAAGUAUUUAUUCCAGUUCCAUCCAAUUGAGGAUCGUAUUCAUCACGGCGGUAUGGACGGUUGUUGAGGAACUGUGCCGUGGCUGUCGUGUCGAUGAGGCCCUCAGAGUGGAUGAUCUAGUUGACUCAAUCUCUGCUGAUACUUCAGGACUGCGUUGUGGUCGUGUCAAGGUGCAGGUCCUUGAUACGGCCCGGAUCCGGUUGACUACGGUGAACCUCGGGAUAACCAGAAAGACUAAUAUUAGCGUAGAUGCCAUUCUUCUUCUGAUGUAACGAGUACAUCUGGUGUUAUAGGAAGUGUUCCCGGUUCCGGCUGACCUAAUUUAUGCAGCCUAAUAAUCCUUUAACAGAUUUGAAAAUAUAAAUUGGUAAUGUGUUAUGUGUAUGCCAGGUUAAAGAAAUGCGUUUUUAGUCUAGAUUUAAACUGACAGAGUGUGUCUGCUUCCUGAACAAUGCUAGGAAGGUUGUUCCAGAGUUUAGGUGCCAAAUAAGAGAAGGAUCUACCGCCUGCGGUUGAUUUUGAUAUUCUAGGUAUUAUCAGCUGGCCUGAAUUCUGAGAUCGCAAUAGACGUGAAGGACUAUAAUGAAUUAGGAGCUCGUUCAGGUACUGGGGAGCUAAACCAUUUAGUGCUUUGUAAGUAAUUAGUAAGAUUUUAAAAUCUAUACGAUGUUUAACAGGAAGCCAAUGCAGUGUUGACAGAACUGGGCUAAUAUGGUCAUACUUCCUAGUUCUAGUAAGAACUCGAGCUGCUGCGUUUUGGACCAGCUGUAGUUUAUUUAUCAGGCGAGCAGAACAACCACCCAGUAGAGCGUUACAGUAAUCUAGCCUUGAGGUCAUGAACGCAUGAAAUAACUGUUCUGCAUUUUUCAUUGAGAGCAUAUGUCGUAGUUUAGAUAUAUUUUUAAGAUGGAAGAAUGCGGUUUUACAGAUGCUAGAAACAUGGCCUUCAAAUGAAAGAUUGGUAUCAAAGAGCACACCCAGGUUCCUAACUGACGACGAAGACUUAACAGAGCAGCCAUCAAGUGUUAUUAACUUGCUGAAUGCGCUGCAUAUCAGUGUUUAGUUUCAUGCUCAAAUGCAGUGCCCGAUAUCUGAGUUAUUCGAGACGGUCAUAUUGCUUUUAGAUGUUUCUUUUUAAAAUAAGUAAAUAAAUAAAAAUACUAAUGUUAUGAUAAUGCAGCAGUGCUUUUUUCGUCAUAUUUGUUUAAAGGCAUAGGCUAAUUCGUAUGGCUUCGAAAACUUGCAGGCGAUUUAUGGAAUCACUUAAUAAUGUAGAUGAAAAUAUAGCACAAAUCUGCCAUAAGCAUAGCAUUAUAAUGAGAACAUUACAGAAGUCUAUAGUAAAUUCAGCGCGCUGUCAUGAAAGCGCAUCACGGCGGGAGCUCUCUCUCUCUCUCUCUCUCUCUCUCUCUCUCUCACUCUCGCUAUAGGGCGAAACUUAAAGUUCACAGCCAUUUGCAUCCUUUUGUGCAGAUACCAGUUGAAAUGUUACGUCUAUGUAAUGUAUCUAAGUUAUCUGAUUAAUAUCAUAGGAUGUGUUACAGAGCAGGCUUCAGUUUAUUGGCAUAAAGUCACUCUUCACCUCAGGCGGCUAUGCCUUUUAGAUGCUUCUUUAUUAAUAACAUUGCUGCAUCAUAAUCACAAUCUAACACUGUUUUAAUCACGUGUUCAUGUUUUCAUAGACAAGUUUUCAUGUCAUAUUUUUAUUUUUAACAUUCAUUUUCUUAACAGUCUUUAGAUAUUUUCAUUAUCUCCAUGACGGCCAUGCCCCGCCCCCGAAUACUCGAUUACUCGUUUUUGAAACCUAUCGAUGAUCGGAAUGAAAAAUUGCCAAAAAUGCUCAUCCCUAUCAUUAAUAACCCUUCUAUCGCUGCUUAGUCAGGAUUAUUAUACUUAAUAUCAAAUGCACCAGUUCAGCUAUAGAAUCUGGAGGUACUUGCUUGGCGUUUGUGUCAUUAAAUGCAGAUUCCCUUGUCGGCGUCCUUUUUGGGUUUGUUAAUUUUUGUCAUGGGAAGCCAAUCGCAUUUUGGUGUGUUGGCAGAUGAAGGAGUCUUCCUCGUGACUGAAGUUCAAAGUUGAGGCGGCAAAAGACUGUUGGUUAAACCUUGCGGCAAAACUUAACUUAGAACACGAGACUCAACAGAAAAGGAAAGUAAAAGAAAGGAAAAGUGAGUGAGACGAUAGUUGGAUGGCUUGAAUGAGUCUGCCCGUCAUCGUCUGUUCUUUGUCUUAUUCAUCUUCUUUGUUCCAGCUUCUUAUUCAUACUAUACAAUACUGAAUUUGUCAUUCUGAUCUGAUUAUUUUAAACUUAGGUGUUUGUCCCACCUCUUUGAGGAGUUCUGACCAAUCAGGUAUUGUCUUUGUUUCAAAGGUGGCUUUUCUCCUCCCCGAUCAUAAACUAAGUGUUAUCUCAUGUUCUCCUAAAUUCCCGCUCUCAGCAGAGAAUAGAGAGAGCACACUUUAGACAUGAUUUCUCAAAAAGUAAUACGUUUUACAGAAAUUUCAUUAAAGCCAAACUUUUGAAUUCAACUACUUCCAUUCAUACCAGACAAGGCACACUUUCAAUCAGCCGUUCAAUAGUUAUAACAAUUACAAGAAUUGUGAGUGUUCUAAGCAUAACUGGACACAUGUAGAAUGUGUAGACAUAAUAUAGAAUUAUACUGUUGAAUGAUGUUCGAUAAGUCAGUUUAGAAUUGUUUUGGAACAAUUUGAUGCAGUUUAUUUGUAAAAAAAACAGUCUCUGUGGGUUUUUCUAAGUCACUAAGAGGUCAUUCAGAAGAAACAGGCCUGCAAAAUCUCUUUGUCUCAGGAGAUCAAAAGACUCUGUCUUGGAACAUGACCUAGAGAUAAAGACGCGUUAAUAAUAUUGAGAAGAGGCUCUUCUGUAACAGGUAACAUCUCUUUCAGUAAUUUAGUGGGUAUUGGAUCUAAUAAACAUGUUGUUGGUUUAGAUGCAAUGAUAAGUUUAUUUAGCUCUUCCUGUCCUAUAGUUGUAAAGCACUGCAACUGUUUUUGAGGGGUGAUAAUUGAGGCUGAAUCAUAAAAUGAAUCAUAUUUCUGAUGCUUUUGAUUUUCUCAGUGAAGAAAUUCAUAAAAUCAUUACUACUAAACUAUAGUGGAAUAUUUUGUUCUGGUGAUGUCUGUUUAUUUGUUAAUCUAGCCACUGUAUUAAACAAGAACCUUGGAUUGUUUUGGUUAUUUUCUAUGAGUUUGCGGAGAUGCUCGGCCCUGGCUGCUUUUAGAGUAGAAUCACAAGGAAAGACAGCACUUCCCGUUAUAAAAAUAAAGAUCUCUUCUAAAGUUUGUCUCCAUUUGCGCUCUAGAUUACAAGUUUCUUUCUUGAUAGCGUGAGUAAUACUGUUGUACCAAGGUGCAGUAUUUUUCUCUCUAACCUUUUUAAUCUGAUGGGUGCAACAGUAUCUAAUGUAAUAGAGAAAAUGGUGCCCAUACUGCGAGUCAUAUCCUCAAGUUCAUUUGUGUGUUUGGGUACAGACAGAUCGGGCAGGUUAUUUGUGAAUUUAUCUAUAGUUGUCAGGAGAAUUGUUCUACCUGGUCGAGAAUGCGGCACAGUAUGGCAAAUAUCAGCAGUAUGCAUGUUACAUCAUCACUUUGCGGUAGAAUUUCUAUAUCGGUAGGAUUGGUUCAUGUGAUAUAAUUAAAUCUAGUGUAUGAUUAAAAUGAUGAGUGGGUCUAGUGAUGUUUUGCUUGACCCCAAAGGAGUUUAGUAAAUCUGUAAACGCAGCCCCUAACGCAUCAUUUAUAUUGUCUACAUGAAUGUUAAAAUCUCCAACAAUCAGCGCUUUAUCGACAUUGACCAAUAGGUCUGAGAGAAAGUCUGCAAACUCUUUUAGGAAGUCAACAUAAGGUCCUGGAGGUCUAUAAACCGUAGCCAAAGCAAGAGAUAGUAGGGACUUUUUUCUUGUAUCUGAGAGUGUAACAUUUAGCACAAGCACUUCAAAUGAAUUCAAUCUGUGUUUUGUUUUCUGAGUAACAUUAAGAAUAUCUCUAUAGAUUGUGGCAACACCGCCGCCACGACCAAUCAGACGGGGCUUGUGCUUAUAACAGUAGCCCGGUGGCAUAGACUCAUUAAGACCAAAAUAAUCAUUUGGUUUAAGCCAGGUUUCAGUAAGGCAAAUUACAUAGACUAUUAUCUGUGAUCAUUUCAUUAACAAUAACCACCUUAGGUGUCGGUGAUCUAAUGUUUAGGAACCCUAGCUUUAGGAAUUGUUUUGUUUAAUCACGAUCAGAUUUUUUUUUUUAGAUGCUAUAGAUUUAUUGUUAGACCUCACUAUUCAGGGAAUAGACACAGUUUCUAUAGACUGGACUACAUUCACAUGUGAUUUGAGGUUUGACCUACUAGUCAUCUUGGAGAUGUUCUCCGACAGAAGAUUCGCUCCAUUGCUGCUGGGCUGCAGGCCAUCAGCACGGAAAAACCUAGGUCGCUCCCAGAAAAGAUUCCAAUUAUUUACAAAGAGCAGCUUCUGUUCAUUACACCAAAACAUUAGCCAUUCAUUUAAAACAAAUAAUCUACUGAACCUUUCAUGUCCUUGUCGGUACGUCGGAAGCGAUCUGGACAUGAUGAUCUUUGUUGUGGGCAAUGUGCUUCGUACCGUCUUGAUCAGGCUCCUGAAGUCCUGCUUCAGUACCUCCAUCUGCCGCAGCCUGAUGUUGUUCACCCCCGCGUGCAGCACUACAGCUCCGAUGCUCUCGUCACCAUUCAGGCUCGCAGAUCUGCUGCUCCUCUUUCAGUGAAGCUUCUCCCACUGCAAUUCACAAAAAAAAUGCUGGAAUAUUCCCAUCAGCCUACAACUGAAGACGAGCAUCAAGAACAAAGAGACCAGAUGGAGGUGGAGGAGAAACAUAAUUUCAUCAAUGGAGAAAAAUCUUUGACUUUCUCACAGACUGAAAAGACUGAAGCCAAGAAGUCGUUCGCUUGCCCUCAGUGUGGAAAGAGUUUCACACGUAAAAGAAGUCUCAGGGAGCACAUGAGUACUCAUUCUAAAGAGAAACUGUUGACAUAUGACCAGUGUGGAGAGGGUUUUGCAUGUGAACAAAGCCUGAAUGAGCACAUAGGAACUCAUGCUGAAGAAAGAGCGUUCACAUGUGAUCAGUGUGGAAAGACUUUCGCACGUAAAAGAAGUCUCAGGGAGCACAUGAGUACUCAUUCUAAAGAGAAUCUGUUGACAUAUGACCAGUGUGGAGAGGGUUUCACAUGUAAAGAAAGCCUGAAUGAGCACAUAGGAACUCAUGCUGAAGAAAGAGCGUUCACAUGUGACCAGUGUGGAAAGAGUUUCGCACGUAAAAGUCGUCUCAGGAAACACAUGAGUACUCAUUCUAUGGAGAAUCUGUUGACAUGUGACCAGUGUGGAGAGGGUUUCACAUGUAAAGAAAGCCUGAAUGAGCACAUAGGAACUCAUGCUGAAGAAAGAGCGUUCACAUGUGACCAGUGUGGAAAGAGUUUCGCACGUAAAAGUCGUCUCAGGAAACACAUGAGUACUCAUUCUAUGGAGAAUCUGUUGACAUGUGACCAGUGUGGAGAGGGUUUCACAUGUAAAGAAAGCCUGAAUGAGCACAUAGGAACUCAUGCUGAAGAAAGAGCGUUCACAUGUGACCAGUGUGGAAAGAGUUUCGCACGUAAAAGUCGUCUCAGGAAACACAUGAGUACUCAUUCUAUGGAGAAUCUGUUGACAUGUGACCAGUGUGGAAAGGGUUUUGCAUGUGAACAAAGCCUGAAUGAGCACAUAGGAACUCAUGCUGAAGACAAAGUGUUCACAUGUGACCAGUGUGGAAAGACUUUCGCACGUAAAAGAAGUCUCAGGGAGCACAUGAGUACUCAUUCUAAAGAGAAACUGUUGACAUGUGACCAGUGUGGAGAGGGUUUUGCAUGUAAAGAAAGCCUGAAUGAGCACAUAGGAACUCAUGCUGAAGAAAGAGCGUCCGCAUGUGAUGAGUCCUUUAUGACAGACGUUACUCUGAAAGUGCACAAGAGGAUCCACACUGGAGAGAAACCAUACACGUGUUCACACUGCGACAAGAGAUUCAAUUUUUCAGCACAUCUGAAAAGACACGAGAGGAUCCACACUGGAGAGAAAUCAUACACGUGUUCACACUGUGACAAGAGAUUCAGUCUUUCAGUAUAUCUGAAAAGACAUGAGAGGAUCCACACUGGAGAGAAACCAUACACGUGUUCACACUGUGACAAGAGAUUCAGUCUUUCAGUAUAUCUGAAAAGACACGAGAGGAUCCACACUGGAGAGAAAUCAUACACGUGUUCACACUGCGACAAGAGAUUCAAUUUUUCAGCACAUCUGAAAAGACACGAGAGGAUCCACACUGGAGAGAAAUCAUACACGUGUUCACACUGCGACAAGAGAUUCAGUCAGUCAGAACAUCUGAAAAGACACGAGAGGAUCCACACUGGAGAGAAACCUUACAAGUGUUCAUACUGCGACAUGAGAGUCAGUGAUUCAAGAGACCUGAAAAGACAUGAGAUGAUCCACACUGGAGAGAAACCUUACAAGUGUUCACACUGCGACAAGAGAUUCAUUCGGUCAGGAGACCUGAAACUACAUGAGAGGAUCCACACUGGAGAGAAACCUUACAAGUGUUCAUACUGCGACAUGAGAGUCAGUGAUUCAAGAGACCUGAAACUACAUGAGAGGAUCCACACUGGAGAGAAACCUUACAAGUGUUCACACUGCGACGAGAAAUUCAGACAAUCAGAACUUCUGAAAACACAUGAGAUGAUCCACACUGGAGAGAAACCUUACAAGUGUUCACACUGUGACAAGAGAUUCAGACGGUCAGAAAAUCUGAAAAGACAUGAAAGGAUCCACAGUGGAGAGAAACCUUACAAGUGUUCAUACUGUAAAAAGAGGUUCAUUUUGCCAGAAAAUCUUAAAGUUCAUGAGAGGAUCCACACUGGAGAGAAACCAUACACGUGUUCACACUGCGACAAGAUAUUCAGGCAAUUAUCACAUCUGAAAACACACGAGAGGAUCCACACUGUAGAGAAACCUUACAAGUGUUCACACUGCGACAAGAAAUACAAGAAAAAAGCAACUCUGAAAUUACAUGAGAGGGUCCACACUGGAGAGAGACCUUACAAGUGUUCACACUGCGACGAGAAAUUCAGACAAUCAGAACUUCUGAAAACACAUGAGAUGAUCCACACUGGAGAGAAACCAUUCACGUGUUCACACUGCGACAAGAAAUACAAGAAAAAAGCAACUCUGAAAUUACAUGAGAGGGUCCACACUGGAGAGAGACCUUACAAGUGUUCACACUGCGACAAGAGAUUCAGUAGGUCAGGAGUCCUGAAAAGACAUGAGUGGUUCCACUCUGGAGAGAAACCUUACAAGUGUUCACACUGUGACAAGAGAUUCCCUCUGUCACAUCAUCUGAAAAGGCAUGAGAAGAUUCACAAACAUUGGAUAUAAACCAAUUCUGUAACUAAUCUGUAAAAAGUUGUGAGAUUCACAUAUACUGAAACAUUUGUUCAUGUAAGUUUGUCUUGGUCAUCAAAGCCAAUUUGGGGAAAGUAGUGUGUUGCUUUGGCUUUGACAAACCUUGAUGAUCUGUGGUUUCCAGCAUGAUAUGAAAAUCUUGAGAAGUUAGAAGUCAACACCACGGCACUUGUUUAACCUGUCAAUCUGUGAAUAAAGUGAUAUUAACCCUUGUGCGUCAAUUAAAAAAAGCUAUGUCAAAAAACUGUCAUAAAAAUUUGAAGCUUGGGAGCACAGACUUAAGUUUUGUCUCAUUUUAAAGAAGACCCUUGGCAGAAUCUUGUUGAAGUAAGAAAGUUUAAAAAGUGGAAACUAAAAAAAAAGUUAUAGAGGUUUAAUUUUAUGAAAAUGAUUUAUGAACUAUUUUAAAUAAAAUAUAUAUUUUAUGAAACAUGUUGAACUCUAAAACCUGCAAGAAAAUGAAAGCCAUAAAUCUAAACAAGUUGUGUACCAAAUUUGAGGUUGAGAUCUCGAAAAUUGAGCUUUCAGUAAGGUUUUGUUUGGGCGCAGUACCAAAUUUUCCCCAUUAGAUGCCAGCAAAACUCGACUGGUGUACACAGUGGUUGGAUUUAUGAUUUGCGUUAGAGUUUUUCUCUCAAAUAUUACAAGCACACACACACAAUUAUUUUAUUACGCACAUUAGUGUUGUAACGAUAUACCGGUAUGGUGGUAUAUCACGGUAUGCACAGGUACGAUUAUCAUAUCGUGUACAUUUCCAUAUCUACGGUAUUGAAUCAACAACUUUCCACUUGACAAGACUCACACACGUACAGUGAAUUGUCAAAGACUGGAUAAAAUUUGCAUUAUGGCAAUACUUUGGAUAUAGAAAAAAAAAAAACACGGUGUUGUCCUCGAGGAUAGAUAGCCAGUUAGCAAAGAAAUGUAGUAGCUGAAAGUAGCUGCAAAAGAAGGAAAAAUAUCAAACAUGUUCUCCUAUAUUCAAGAACACCGUCCGUGCAGAUGCAGGUAUGAUCCGUUUAUAACUUUAUGAUUUCCGUGAUGCAAAGGGAAUCCCGGAAUCCAGUCAUAAAAAUGGAAUUUACAGUACAAAGACCUUUGCACACUGAAUCCGAAAUUUUCGCACGUUAAAUACGACCUCACGUUAUAUCAAUCACGUUUGCACAGUGCCUCCGAAACUUUCGUCCGUCAUAAAAAAAUUCACAUCAGGUUCGAUUUUCUGCGUUUUUCACAUCCGUGGCACGCAUUUUGAGAGACGUUUUGACAAUUCAGAGCCACCGUACGCGAACGCCAAAAUCCCCAAUGCCAUCUGACAAGUUGAUCCACGUCGUCUACAGCACAAAGCAGCAGCACUGAAUGACAAACAAAGUGCGGAAAGAGAAUCGCUAUCGCUAGCAAAGCAUCAAACUGAGGCACUGACAUCCUGAAGUAAACUUUGAAACGCUCGGGAUAAUCACGCAACUCCUUGAUGAGGUAGAACUCUCCUUCCUCUUUAUGCAAUCUCGGGAUUGGAUGUACCAAAUAUUUCCUCUUUCUUUUUGUCUUUUUAAGAAGAGAGAGGACAACUAAAUCAUGCUCACUGCUUGAAGACUUCAUUCUGUAUUAUUUUGCGAAUUUUUUCGCAACGGAUUCAUUAAUACGCAUCGGACUCAGUGUGCAAGGUCUCUGUGCGUGACAAAUUUUUAGGAUCAUGAAUACGAAAAAACGCAUAUGAAAAUUUCAGACUCAGUGUGCAAAGGCCUUAACGCAGAUGUCACAUAAAAUGCACAAUUUGACGUAUUGAUGAAUAAAGCGAAAGCCGAGCUGUACAAUAGAUCAAAUGGCGUCGUGGUCUAGGGUCUGUGAAUAUUAAAGCGCAAAAAGACUGCUGUAUAAAUAAUAUGUCUGUUUGUUUUUCAUAUCUCUUUGUGAAUGAGCGGCGCCAUUUCGUGUACUACAUACUCGAGUACGCGCAACGCUCAUAUUCGCUGCGUCCGAAAUCGCGUACUGUAGAGUAGGUACUACAUUUGAAUUUAAAUUUACUUCACGACCGUUGAAAAAAUAUGUUCUAUAUAGUACGAAUGUGUGUAGUAUGAAUGAAUUCGGACGUACUACAUCCGCUCUGUUUUUACCGUCACAUGACCUACCAGCGUCAGUUAUGUCCAUUAUACUUCAUUCACAAAUCCUCUCAUGUGGCCUCGUGGACAGUAAAGUGUCCAUCGUAUGCGCACUUUAGACCCUCGCCGGAAGUAGUAAGUCAUUCGGGUACUUUUCGCCGACUGUUUUUCGAAUACUAUGAAUUCGGACAUGUUACUCUGUUCGCAUACUGUUCUUCACGUACUAUAUAGUAGUAGGUUUUCAGUGUUUGCCGUCUCACUAUCGGAGGACACGAAUGCUUAAUGAGCAUUUAAUCAAUUUAUUUUAGAAAGGCAUUGUCAAAUACACUCUAAAACUCAAAGCACUUCACUACAGCCUGUCAAAAUAAAAGUCCGAACUCAAAGAAGCUGACAGAAUAUACUUCUCAAAAUAAAAAUAAUAGCCUAAUAAAAUUUAUUAAAACAUUAUUUAAGGGAUAUAGUUUUUUGUCCAUGUUUUAAUGUAGUAAAUCUCUGUUGUGCAGCACUUUGCCAAAACAUAAAUUGAUAAAAUGGUUGUUAAAUGUUCAUUUGAUUACAUUUUAAAACAUUAAUUGAAUUGUUAAAAAAAUUCAUUACCACAAUUUUUGAUAGUAUAUAUGUAUUAAAUAAUAAAAUCCAGAAGAAAGUCAAACCAGAAUUUCUGAAUUUUAAUAAAUUACUAAUGAUAAAUGUAAGUUAUUCAAUUAAUCAGUUAUUACAUUUUAUUGAUUAUAUGGUUUUGAUUAUUGAAAUUUUAAUAAACAAAACAAAUAAUACUUUUUUGUUGUUGUUGUAAUAAAGAAUUUGAUCAACCAAAAAAACAAAAAACAAAACUGAAUUGGUCAUUUUAACUGAUGAUGAUGAUAACAAUUGAUUGUUUAAUACCGUAUACCAUGAAACCGUGAUUUUUUUUAGAUGAUUAGCAUACAGUGAAAAUCUCAUACCAUUACAACCCUAACACACAUACAAAUCACACUCUGACAUCCAUACCAACACACCCACACAAUAAUAGCUGCAUAAUUUAUCCAAUUGGCUCUGAGAUAAUGGCACCAUCUGGUAAAAAAAAUUUUUUAAAUUUAAUUUUGAAGCCUUACCAACGGAAUGAAAGCUCAAUUUAUAGUUAAAUGGCCCUGGGAUUAAAAAUUGCAGUUUUAAUGGGGAUAUUUUUGUCCAAAAGGUCCUGAGAGGAUCUAUUUUGUGUUACUAGUCCUUUUUUUUUUUUUUUUUUUAAAGGAAAUGUGGGUGAAAUAGUAAAAUUCCAAUAAAAAUGCACACUGUGGCAAAAUUUAUGCAGUUGGCAUUGACACAUGCAAAAUUAUCAAAAAAAGAAAAACAAAACAAAACUGAAAGACUGGAAAAUGUCCAUAAGGUCGCACAAGGGUUAAAUAAAAACUGACCUGGUUUAUUUUCUGAAUGCAGAUUACUGAGAACAAUUUAUCCAUGCAUGUUUUUGUAACAUUAUUCAUAAUAAUCUUUAAUUAAAUGGUACAGUUUUUUGGUUGUCUUCUACUGUUUCUAUGCUAUGCUUGUUUCUGUUUGGAGUUUUAAUUGACUACCAGGAAAAAAAUUUUUUUUGAGAAUUUAGCAUUUUUUAUGUCAUUACGUUGUUUAGAGCGUAAGAAAAAAUGGGGGAAAAAAAACAUUUUUGAAAAAUUGUAUUUUAUUCAUAUGUUAUGCUACAGUAUGUCCUCUGUAGUGGACACCAGGACUCAGUUUUUAAACAAAUAAAAUAACAAAUAAAAAUCAA